GUCCCUAAGACCUGUUUUCAGGAUCCAGUCCUUUUGGCGAAGACUCUAAAACCGAUUACAACAUGAAGCUUCUCAUACUACUCGCUACUGCCACGCUGGCGAUCGCCUCCCCAGCCCUAUACGGCCGCCAACACAACGUGACUGGCCCUUGUCCGGUUACUGCGACCAAUGUCGAGACCUGCAGAGAUAUGAUUGAUGCUUCGGCUUGCUGGAACGGAAUCAUUGGGGCCAAUGGAGAUGGCAGCAGCCAAAAUGCGGAAAGACUGUGGACUUGUGUGCCAGGAGGCAAGAAGAACAUGUGUGAAUGCUACGGCUGUGACUGGGGAUUGGACAGAUAUGUUACCCGGUACAAGCUUUGCGAUGAGCCCUGAGGGAAUGUCGGACAUAAGAAGUAGAAUGAAGAGGAGAAUGCGCCUGUCGAAGGCCUAAGAGCAGACCAAGAUCCAAAAUUGGGUUGACCAAAUAUGUUAUAUGCCUAUAUACGUUGUUAAAUACACGCUAUGCAGU